AUGCCAAAGAAAGCCAAAGUGAACAAACUGGCGCGCAUGUCCGACGAGGAACGCGCACGUUACUUACAGCACCGAGCUGAUGUCGAGGAAGAGGCCAGGCGGAGAAAGCGCGAACUUGUCGCCAGAUUUAUUAAGAAUAAAUUAGACAAGGAAGAAGUUUUCGCAAGAAUAAAUACCGCGAAGAUAAACCAAGAAUGGCGGUAUAUUUUACGAAAAAUAAAAUGCAAACAAAUGGCGUCAGAAAUACAGAGCAUGGUAACGAGUUUCAACUUUUUGCUGGAAAGAAAAAAUCGCCUUUUAAACUCGUUGAUGGAAGCUAUCGAAGACUCGGAUGAGCAACAUCGACGCGCUUUUCAAGCCCACACGGAAAAUUUGAGCUACUUUCUUCACAUAGGAUCACAAAGACUUGAUAAGCUGCAAGCUGAAUAUGACUAUCAAAAGAAUAACUUUCUUGAAAACUGGGAUAAAGAGGAUAUCGAUAUUACCGAUAGCCAGGAUAGAGCAGAAUUUAAUUUAACACUUAUAACUUACAUACAAGACACAGACUUCAAAGGAUAUAAAAAGGAAAAGGAAAUACAAAGAGCAACUGAGAAAAACGACGCUAGACUUGAGCAAGAAGAAGAAAUGCGCAAUCUUUGCAAGCCAAAACAAUUGGAGAUAGAAAUGUACUGGUCGAAACUACGUGAAGUUUACGACAUGUAUCUUGAGCAACACAAUCCUAUCAUGAGUCAUUACAACGCCUUACGAGAAAAAGAUGAUUUCUAUCAAAACGAUAUAGCAAAAAAUGAUAUUCUGAUACUACAAGCCACGGAAAGUCUAUACAUUCUGCAAAAAGAAUGGUUAAAGACAACAAACACAAUGAGUUGUAAACUAAAUCGUAUGAAUAAUCGUAAGGAAGAACUCGCCAAGAAGUACUGGCAGAUGAAGAAGGAAACUAAAGCAGCUAAAAGUAAAGAAGAUGAGAUGCUAGCUGUACUGGUCGAUGCUAGUCAAGACGCUGUAAAGCGUCUUGAGAAUUACGAAAAUAAAUUGCAAAAAAUCAAGCAAAUGUCUGAAAUUUGCAGUAAAUACGAGAAAGAAAUGGACCACAUGUUUCUUGAAGACGCCGGAGACGACAUACCAUCUGUUGAUUUCGAAACACUGGACAGUGAUAUGAUUCAACAAUGUAAGAAGUUCAAGAAAAUGGACAAAUUCCUCCUAAAAAUGAACAGAGUUAAAGUUCAAACUAUGUGUCUCAAAACAGAGAGAGCUAAACUAGCAAAGGAAAAUAUUCAACUAAAACAAUAUAUCAAGAGGUAUCUGACAGAACUAGCCCUCAAAGGUGGGAAAGAUAGACCACAAAGUAUGAAAUGCCAGACGGAGCCAAGGAUUGAAGUCAAUGGGAAAUUAUUAAAUCGCCCAGUGACCUGCAUCGAAGGAGCACUUUCAAACGCAGUAAUGCAUGAACAAAGAAUGAAGCUACAGGAAAAGAAGAACAAAGAAUUGGUAGUGAGAGCAUACCCUCGAGUUGAUUGCUGGUAG